UUGUCUUUCUUUCUCGACAGCUAGAGAGAGUUAGAGAGAGAAAAAACAUAAUUUAAUUGGUGAAAAGCGAGCGACAGGGAUUGAUGUGAAUCCAACUCAAAAUUUAUAAAUAUAUAAAAAAAGUAGAGAGAGAGAGAGAGAGUGAGUGUCUGUAUUCUGCGACCUUUUUGCCUCUCUCUCUCUCUCUCUCUCUCUCCUGUGAAAUUCAUCUCUCCCGCCGCCGCGAACCUCUGCUCUGCAACUCUCAUCAGUUUUCUCUCGUUUUCUCUCUCUAAGCUCUUCUUUCAUUUCUUCAGGUGCUUCGUCCUCUUCAAUUUCGAGUUGGUGAUAUCUGCCUUUGCUUUAAUCAUACGGCCAAAUAGAAUGGGUUCUGGUGGUUGCACGAAUCAAGUUAACAAUUUUGAGGAUCUCGGUACGAAUUCCUUUAAGAAAUUGGAUUCGAUUAGUGUUGUGGAAACUCAUAAGGAGGUAGCGGAGAUAUCAGAAGCUCACAAGACAGAUUCUUUAGGGCCGAUUACUCCUGAUUCCGACCGAGAGAAUGGCGAUUUCCCUAUUACCUUGAAAUCUCCACCCUCAUCUGUUAAGAAGAGGGAAAGUGGGGUUUGCUUUGAUUCCGAGACUGAGCAAAUGGUAGAAAAUCCAUCGUGUUUUGAUGAUCACGCCAGUCCCCGAACGCCAAAGGAUGGCAUCUUUGACCCAUUUGCCCCCGGUCCGGAUGACCUGGCAUUGGCUCCCCAGUGCAGAAAAUAUGUCAGCAAAUCGAGGAGUGUUGUUGCCAGGAGGCUGAGUUUUGACUUCUCCGUCAAAGUUCUUGACGACAAGGAUUGUAGAAAUGAUGCAUUAUCAAUUUCAGAUGAGGAGAUUGUUGAAGCUAUGUAUGAAAGUCUGUUGGAUACUAUUGUCUCAUGCCAGACAGAGGUUGUUCUUGCCGAGAUUUCGAGUUUGGAGUGGGAUUCUAAUAACUGCAGAACGCCUCCUUCAGCGCCACACCUAAGUGGAGUUGCUGAAACUUGUCCUGGUGCUCCUCUGAGGCCUGCAGGGAAGUCAAGGAAAAUUGAUUUGGCACUAUGCAGGAGGCUUCAAUUCUCACCGUGAUGGGCUCGUGUUCUCAUAUGCAGAGAAACUGAUGGGCUCAUGUUCUAACCGGUAACUGAUAUUCGUAGACGCCUCAUUAUGCUAAUCUGAAAUGUGAAAACUAACAUUUGUGUCCCUAAAUAUUGACCUCUGGUUCCUAGAGAACAUGUUAAUUGGCAAACAGCUUCUCUGACAGAGAGACCCAACUUUGGUAGUUGUAAUGUAUAGUAAUCGUUAGCAUUGUUCCUAUUUUGAUACAAGUCUCUUCCUAGACCAAAUUAGACUAAUGGAAAGGCCUGCGUUCAACUGUAUUUCCUUACAUUUAUGGAGUUAGCAUUGUUCACAA